UAUUGGGAAUUGCACUAUUCCUACAUAUUUGAUACAAGUACUUUUGAUUUUAUUAGUAAAAUUAAAAAACCUGCAAAAUGACUGACACUCGCACCACCAUAAGAUUUGAAUCGGAUAAGCCGACAACUGAGACCGAAACAGUGCCUGAAGAACCACCGCCAGUUAAAGGCAAGACAAAGAAGAAGAAACUAACCAAAGCAGAAAAGAAGGCUUUGGCCUUGAAGAGACAAAUUGAGUUCAAGAAAUUAGAAUUACGACAAACAUUCAGACGUGAGCUUGAUCUGUCCAAGCAUGCUGUAGCAGUAGGUCGUGAUGAUUGGGAGGAGUUGUGUAAGGAGAUAAAAAUAGCAGAAUUAAGAAUUGAAUUAGAGGAAUGGGAGACAAAAGCUCAGCGUCUAAUGGACCAAAAGGAUGAAAUGAUUUCUAUGCUAAUCGAAGAUAUAGAGACGACACAUGAAAUGCACACACGUGGCGUUUCAAAGCACAAUCAGUUGUUGAAUUUUCUAGCAGAGAGCUAUCAUUUCUUGCUUGAAUCGGUAAAAGUACAUCAUGAAUGCGAAAAGCAGGACUUACUGCGGGACUAUUACGAGGAUGCAGCUAGGGCAGAAUCAGCAAAAGAAUACCAAAAACUUUAUUACGAACGCAUCGAGCAUGCGGUUAAUAUCAUUGUUGAGGAGGAAAUGCGUCUAUCGUAUCAGAUAUAUAAAGAAGAGCGAGACGAACGUGUUAAUAAUGAAAUUACUAAACGUUAUAUGCACCGCGACACAGUCGUGGAUAAAAUGAAACAGCUCCACAGAGCUGUUUACAACUUCUGUAUGUCAUUGAAGACUAACACACUCGACAUACAUAAAUACGAAAAGAUUGACUACCUCAUGGAUCGACAACACAAUUUCUUUAAGGAAACCGCAUCGCUUAAUACUCGCGAGAAGAAAUGCACCCAACAAUACGUAGACCUCCAACGACUACUUAUGCAGCUUGAGAUUGAGUCACAGCGCAAACUGAACGAUUUGCGCUUAGAGCAUGCCUAUUUUCUCAACGAACGAAAGGCCAUUAAAUAUAAAAUGAAAAUCGAUACUGAUAUAACAUUUGAGAAGCUCAGAAUUCUGGGCGCUACAAGCUACGAUGUCAUACGGAGAUACAGAGAUUUGAAGAAGAAAGGUGAUCUGCUGUUGUCAUUGGCUGCUAUGUGCCGACAAUACGAAACACAAUCCGAGAAAAUUGUGCCCUGGCAGGAAGCAGAAAGACCAAUUGGUUAUAGAGAGCAGGAACAGGAAAUAUUUAGGCUUCAAACUUUAGAUCUAAAAAUGCAUGUGGACUUGACUGAGGCUGAUCUAUUAGAGCAAUUCAAAAUUUUGAAAAAUUUCUGGCGUCGUCAGUCACUGGUGGAAUUGCAGAACUUAUUGUUAACCGAUGAAAAGAAUCGAUUACUGGAAGAGAACAAAAAAUACUGUGAUUUUAUAAAAGCAAUGAAUAAGACAGAAGAUGAAAAUGAGCUUCUGAAAGCACUUACAGUAACAAAUGUACUUCCAGCACCAGGACUGCCUUGUCGUAAUUUUUUUUGGAGAGGAAGAAGAAAGAAAUAAAUUAUUGUUUAUUGUAA